AUGCAGAAACAUUUGUACAAGAAUUCCUUUUCAUUUUUUAGGGUUGAUCCAUAUGGAUUUGAAAGGCCAGAAGACUUUGAUUAUGCCUCCUAUGAAGCAUUCUUUUCCAGUUAUCUAGUGGUACUCACUAGAAGAGCAAUAAAAUGGUCCAAGCUCCUAAAAGGGAAAAACAGUGUGCAAAAGAGUUUAAAAGUGAAGAGAUACAUCAGGAAAGGCAUUCCCAAUGAACACCGUGCGUUGGUCUGGAUGAUUGUGAGUGGGGCCCAAGCCAACAUGGAACAAAACCCUGGAUAUUACCACAGGCUGCUUGAAGGAGAGAAGAAUGACAAGCUGGUUGAAGCAAUCAAAACAG